AUGGCGUCGCCCCGACUGCCGUCGCUCUACGGCGGUCUGCUGGUGCUGGCCCUCCUCUGCGGCGGCGCUCUGGCGGCUGGGCCGACCCGCUACCUCUCCGUCAGCCUCGACCAGGUGGUCGGCUCCAAGGCACGAGCCCAGUGCUAUGAUCCCUCCUCGUUUUCAGACGAGACUUCUCGCAACAAGUUCACCAUCCAUCCAUCUUGUGGCGCGGGCGAGCAAGUGGGACGCAAGCGCGGCAUCCUUAGCCACCACAGAGCCCGGCUGAGCACCAUCCACCAAAGGUCUUACCCUUCGGCCAUGCCUCCCAUGUAUUUCCCGCCGACCCCCGCACCAACCACCGUCUUCCCUCCACUCCCCGCGCCAGGUUCAGUACCAGCAGAUGGCAUGCCUCCGAUGUUACCAGUCGUCGCCUUCCCUCCUAUGUUCUUCCCGCCAAAUCCAGCACCAUCAGAGGGGAUGCCUCCAUCACCAGCCAUCGCCUUCCCUCCGAUAUACUUCCCGCCGGCCGCUGCACCAUCGGAGGGGCCGUCGGUCACCAUCCCGGAUGUUCCGGGGACCAGCGGCUUCAAUAUAACGGAGUUUGUCGUCGUCGUUGGCUUUGGCACGCCAUCUCAGCCAUCUGCCUUGUUGUUCGACACCGGCAGCGACCUCUCGUGGGUCCAGUGCCAGCCGUGCACGGGCCACUGUUACCAGCAAAACGACCCGCUCUUCGACCCGACCAAGUCUUCGACCUACGACGUCGAGACGCUGACGUUCUCCUCGUCGCGCAAGUUCUCCAGCUUCCCGUUCGGAUGCGGCACGACCAACCUGGGUGACUUUGGCAGCGUCAACGGGCUGCUUGGCCUUGGCCGUGGCCAGCUCUCGCUGGCCUCGCAGACGGCCUCCUCGUUCGAUGGCACCUUCUCCUAUUGUCUGCCGUCUCACAACAUGACGAGGCCCGGGUUCCUCAGCAUUGGCGCCGCCCCAGACAUCGGCAAGGUCCAGUACACGGCGAUGAUAAAGAAGCCGCAGUACCCAUCCUUCUACUUCGUGGAGCUCGUGUCCAUCGACAUUGGUGGCUACGUCCUGCCGGUGCCGCCAUCCGUGUUCACCAGCAAGGGCACCCUGCUCGACUCCGGCACCACGUUCACGUACAUCCCUGCGCAGGCCUACAACUUGCUCCGCGACCGGUUCAAGUUCACCAUGAAGGGGUACAAGCCGGCGCCACCCUUCCAAGACCUCGACACGUGCUAUGACUUCUCUGGCCAGAGCGUGAUCUUCCAACCAGGGAUGUCCUUCAAGUUCAGCGAUGGAGCCGUGUUCGAUAUCGACAUCUUCGGGGUCAUGAUAUACCCUUAUGUGGACCACCCGGCCAUCGGUUGCUUCGCGUUCGCGUCGAGCGAUCCCACGGAUCAGUUCUCCAUCAUCGGCAACACUCAGCAGCGUUCUGCUGAGGUGAUCUACGAUGUCGUAGCCGAGAAGAUUGGUUUUGUUCCGCUGAGUUGCUGA